GGCCAGCCGAGCGCCGAGCCGCCGCCAUUUUGCGGAAGUGCGGCGCGGCGGCGGCUGGGAACCGGCGCCAGCCCCAGACCCCGACCCCGACCCCGACCCCUCCGGGCCGGGGGCGCGUUGGGAGAAGGCGCCGCUCGUCCCGCGCAGGAUGUUUCACGGUAUCGCGGGCCCGCCCGGCAUGGGAGCCCCCGGGAACAAGCCGGAGCUCUACGAGGAGGUGAAGCUCUACAAGAACGCGCGGGAGCGAGAGAAGUACGACAACAUGGCCGAGCUCUUUGCCGUGGUGAAGACGCUGCAGGCGCUGGAGAAGGCGUACAUCAAGGACUGCGUCUCCCCCAACGAGUACACCGCGGCCUGCUCCCGCCUCCUGGUCCAGUUCAAAGCCGCCCUCAAGCAGGUGCAGGGCUCCGAGGUCAGCUCCAUCGACGAGUUCUGCCGCAAGUUUCGGCUCGACUGCCCGCUGGCCAUGGAGAGGAUCAAGGAGGAUCGGCCCAUCACCAUCAAGGACGACAAGGGCAACCUGAACCGCUGCAUCGCCGACAUCGUCUCCCUCUUCAUCACGGUGAUGGACAAGCUGCGCCUGGAGAUCCGAGCCAUGGACGAGAUCCAGCCGGACCUGCGGGAGCUGAUGGAGACGAUGAACCGCAUGAGCCACCUGCCCCCCGACUUCGAGGGGCGGCAGAAGGUGAACCAGUGGCUGCAGACGCUCAGCGGCAUGUCCGCCUCCGACGAGCUGGACGACUCCCAGGUGCGGCAGAUGCUCUUCGACCUGGAGUCGGCCUACAACGCCUUCAACCGCUUCCUGCACUCCUGAGGCGGCCCGGCCCGCGCCGCGGACUGCGGGCGCCGGCGCUGCCCUGCUGCAAACCUCCCGGCCGCAGCGAGGUGGGAGACGCUUCCUCCGCCCUCCCUGCAGCGCCCGGUUUGGGGGCUUGGGCCCCCGUCCUUACCCGCGUUACGAGCGAGCUGCAGCGGCUGGGCUGCCCCCGCGCCGCGUGCCGCCUGUGCCGGUGCGGACAGGCAAUAAACCCUCCUUGGUCA